AUGGCAAGAAUUGGUAUUGGUCAGCUGUGCUCUUCAUCGAAUCUUGUUCAUAACCUGGAAAUUGUGAAGCAUCUAAUUGAAAAAGCCUUGGAAAACGAUGUUAAGGUCCUGUUCUUCCCUGAAGCCACGGAUUAUUUAAGCAGAAAUGCAGACCACUCCAAAAGACUAGCAAAGCAGACUCCUAGUUUUGUUUCUGAACUACAAAGCAGUAUACGUUCCAUCACCAAGAAGGUUGGGAAAACUAUUGAUGUCUCUAUUGGUGUUCAUUUGCCUCCAUCAAAUCUCGAUAUCUCUAAAGGUGACUCAAGGGUUAAGAAUGUUUUACUUUAUAUAAACUCAAACGGGGAAAUAGUGCAAAAGUACCAAAAGCUACAUUUAUUUGAUGUUGAUGUCCCAAACGGGCCUAUUUUGAAGGAAUCUAAAAGCGUUCAACCUGGUUCUGCCAUUCCGUCUAUAUUAGAAACUCCUGCUGGGAAAUUGGGAAGUUGUAUUUGUUAUGAUAUACGGUUCCCUGAGUUAUCUAUGAAGUUACGCUCUGAAGGAGCUGAAAUUCUGUGCUUUCCAAGUGCAUUCACCAUGAAAACUGGCGAAGCGCACUGGGAACUGCUUGGAAAGGCUAGGGCGUUGGACACUCAGAGUUUUGUUGUUAUGCCCGCCCAACAAGGUGAACAUGACGUGUAUGCUGAUGGCAGUGAUGAUUCAGCUCCUGGUGUUAAAAGAGUUUCUUGGGGUCACUCUAUGAUUAUAGAUCCAUGGGGUACUGUCAUCGCGGCUGCAGAUCCUUCGUCCAAUGAGCCACAGCUGAUAACAGCAGAUCUUGAUUUAGAAUCACAGGCUAAAAUUAGGAGAGAUAUGCCAUUAUGGAAUCAACGUAGAAGAGAUAUUUUUGGAGAUUUCAUCUAA